AUGCAAUCUCGAAGAGUCUUACAACUUCCACUUCGGGUGCGCGUCCAGCAGAUCUGCUGGGUGCCCCAAGUCGUGUGCGCGCCAAAAAUCUCAGUCCGAAGCCUCUAUAGCACUGGCGCAUCCGCAGACUCCUCGGCUCAAUCGUCGCGCUGGCCGCGCCGACUGAUUUACGCGGCCGUCUUCGGUGCUCUUGGCGUGAGCGCUGGAAAAUGGAUGGACAGAAAGGUUGCAGCACCACCGACUCCUGGCUCUGAGAUAGACAAACUGCAACUACAAGAUAUCCAGCAAGUGUUUGACCGCGGGCUCCCUAUCGUACAAAAGCUCCGCAGUGACCCCGAUUUCGUGGAAUCGGGAGUCUACGAAAACUAUUCGGAGGAAAGCAAACAACAUCGACUUACGACGGGUCCGUUGGCUGGAAGUCGAGGUUUCGGAUUGCAGAGAGUCUUUUGGAAUGAAAAGGAGAACCAACUGGUGACAGUGGUGUUCAUGGGAUCUGGCAUUGAGGGUUGGCCCACUAUGGUACAUGGCGGCGCCCUUGGCACAAUCAUUGACGAGAAUCUUGGUCGCGCUGCCUUGCGACACUUUCCAGAACAAACUGGUGUGACGGCGAACCUCAACAUCAACUAUCGCGCGCCUGUAUACUCAGACAACUUUUACUCCAUCCAUUCCACUAUCGAUCUUGACCGCAGCACGGACCGAAAAGGUUAUGUUAGCUGCACGCUCCGGGAUAUGACUGGUCGGGCCUGUGUUGAGGCCAACGCUCUCUUUGUGGUUCCGAAGCGGCUUAAGCUUGCGAAACUGGGCGAUUCUUUCUGA